GGCUAUGGACUGUAGAUCAUUAGUGACGCGGAGAUACGUUAGGCUAUCGUGUAUAAUGUGUACUUAGCAUCGGAACAAAUGUUAUUUUCUAUGAUCAUUCUUGUGAGUAAUGAUAUGGUCCAUCUAAUUAAUCUAAGUAUUUUCUCCUAUAUAUAUAUAUAUAUAUACGUGGACACAUAUCAUAUAAGUGGAAAUGAACAUGUAAUGAAGAAAAGAGAUCUAAAAGAAGGACAAAUGGUCAUUAACCUUAUUUAAGUACGGCCACAUGUUUAGUAACCAAAUAAAACACUAAUUCAAAAUUAGCUCACAAAGUGGGGUACAGAAGUGAACACUCAAUCACUCAUAAGUCACAAAGAGAGAUUUUUAAAGGAAAAAAAGCAAUAACAUUUAACUUUUUAUGAAAAUGGGAAAUCAAAGGGGGUACUGUGGCCCUUGUAAUUCUAAGGGGCAACUUGUUGAACAAAGACUUUAACUAACAUCAGAUUUUCACUAUAUAUAUGGGAAGAAGCAUCACGAAAACAAAACAAGUUUCUAAGAGUUUUGAAGGCAAAAAAAAAGAGCAAGAAAGAAAGAGAAGAUUAUAUAUUACAUACAAAAAGGGGAGAGAGCAGAUGGAGUGGAGGAAAUGGUACUUGGAUGCAGUUCUUGUUCCAUGUGCUCUUCUUAUGAUGUUCUGUUACCACAUCUACUUGUGGUUCAAGGUUCGAGCCGAACCUUUCUCUACCAUCGUCGGCAUUAACGCCCGUGCUCGUCGAUCUUGGGUUGCCGCCAUCAUGAAGGACAACGAGAAGAGAAACAUCUUAGCUAUACAAACACUACGAAACACGAUAAUGGGAGCGACGCUAAUGGCCACGACUUGCAUCCUCCUCUGCUCAGGCCUCGCCGCCGUUUUAAGCAGUACUUAUAGUAUCAAGAAGCCUCUAAACGACGCCGUAUAUGGAGCUCAUGGUGACUUCACAAUGGCAAUUAAAUACGUAACCAUCCUCACAAUCUUUCUCUCCGCCUUCUUUGCUCAUUCUCUCUCCAUUCGCUUCAUCGGCCAAGUAAACAUCCUUAUCAACGCUCCUCAAGAACCUUCCUCUGAUGAUUUUGGCGGAAUCGGAAGCUUCGUGACUCCCGAAUAUGUAUCUGACCUACUCGAGAAAGCUUUCUUGCUUAACACGAUAGGUAAUAGGCUUUUCUACAUGGGUUUGCCUUUGAUGCUAUGGAUAUUUGGACCUGUGCUUGUGUUCUUGGGCUCCUCGCUGAUGGUUCCCGUUCUUUAUAACCUCGACUUUGUGUUUAUGUUGAGUAAUAAGGAGAAGGGUAAAGUGGAUUGCCAUGAAAGGUUUUGAUGAUCACUGCUCCUUAAUUAUAUAUUUAAUUUGAUGUUGAAUAUAUAAUGAAUAAUAAUAAACUUUUCUUAGCCGCUUCACCACAAAGAGAAAUGUACGCAAGAAUCUGCCAACUAAAGGCAUUUUUAGCAAAAACUUAAGGCAUUACUGGUGGUGAUAUUAAUCAAUAUAAUACUAAUAACUAGAACUGGGAUAAAAAUUUAAGUUAAGUAGUUAGAGUAAAUAUUUCAUAUAAAUUGUUAUUAUUUAAAAAUAUACAUAUUAGUUAAAUUUUGUAUAUGUUAUUGUAUUUAAAGAUUAAAUAAAACAUGUUAUCUGAAAAUUAGUUAUGAUUUUUAAAAUAAAUAUUACUUAUUAUUUUUAAAAAUAUGAUUUUGUGUCUUGUUAAAAGGUUUAAGAUGAUUUGCUUUUGUUGAGUAAUCUAUGUUUUAAUUAUAUAUUAAGAAUUAAAUGUGGAACUACAUCAUUUCUUGUGAUUUUCUGGAGUUGGAUGACCAUAAAAAACUUUGAGAUUCUUUUUUUUUUUUCAUAUCAGAAUGAAUGUUAUUGAUUCAUUUUCUUAAUAAUUUUUUUUUAAAUUUCUGAAAAUCACUGUUUUAAUUAUAAGUUAAUUUGUGGAUGUACCUUUUCAUCAUUUUUAAAAAAAAAUAUGGAAAAAUUGCCUAAUUUUUGUUUGCUUGAUCGUUGAGUAAUGGUACAUGAAAAAAUGUACAUUACUUUUGUUCUUAUUUUUUUCUUUAUUUUUGUGAAAAUUUUAUUUUGUUCUCUAAUUUCAUAGUAUUGUGUAUUAUAUUAUGUGUUUUAAUUAAGUUCUUUUUGCAAAAAACACUGAGGUUAUAAAUUUAUUUAGUUUACAUUGUGCAAUUAAUUAUAAAAUUGAUAGAUUAUAUUGUAUUAAUAAUUUGGUCCAGAUAAGGAAAACAUGUUAUUAUCCACGAAUAGUUACCAUAUAUGAUCAAAUACCAACCUACUGUUAGAUCUCUCCAAAGUGAAACUAAUGAAUUUAUUUCUUCCCAAAUUAAAAAUUACAAACUCAUUUCUCCAUGACUUAGUAGUUAAAAUUUAAUAAUCUAUACCAAAUAAUAUUCAAUUACUUUAACCAAACCAAAGUCUAAUUUCAACCAAAUCUAACCCAAAAAGCUAAGCUAACUUGAUUUCUUCGGCUUCUCUAUCUGAUUAUUCUUCGGUUCAUGAUAAAGCCAUUUCAGCAUCUUUGCAUUCAACAAAGCACGAUGUGAUGUUAUUUGUCACAGUGCUCUAUUGCACUUUCUUCAGAUGCUCCCAUUAUCAUAUUGAUGCGAAGUCACAAUAACCCUAAUCUAUAUAUAUAUAUAUAUAUAUAGAAAAAGCCAAAACACCAAAACAAAAUACUAAUCUUCGAUUUAUGAAUCAAAACCAAAAACCAAAAUUUCUCAUUGAAUCCUCCAAUCCAGUCGUAAUAUUAUGAUUCUUAAGUUCUUAACCCAAUUGGAAAAGUUAAACAAAAAAAAAAUUGUUGAAAGGUAGAUACGUAAAAAUCAGAAAACUAUAGAAAGAAUGUAUUCAUGCCAAGUUUCUUGUUUGUAGGCUGAUUCAGAGCUAUAACGUCAGUAACACGACUCCACGGCAAAUCCCCAGCAAAUACUAUACUCUCACCACAUUUAACAUUUCAUGCUUUCCAGAAUCUGAGCAGCUUCCUCGAGAUUAAUUGUUCUUGAAAAAGAAAGUUGAGUGUGAAUCACUGACACUUUAGGAGCCUUAAAAUGCUGAAUUCUCCCAUUGAGACUCACCAGUCACUGUGUUAUAAGAAAUAGAAGAAGAAAUAUGAAUUGCCAAGACUAUGCACGCUUUGCGUAUUCUAACGUAUCUAAAUCCGAAAUAGCAUAACAAAGUAUAUAUUUUAAUCUGUCUUAACAUAACCCAUCCAAAAGCCUCCCGUAGACACUAACCAGUUCUUU